UGACACGUCGAAGUCCUCAAUUCCACAUCUUUAAUCUCUACGUCUUGCGAAUCGCGAUCACCUCGCCUUCCCAAUCCCAAUCCAUUUGGCGCUGCGAAAGCAAGAAGUGGGAAGCCCUCGUUUCACCUCUCCUCCUCUGCGCUGUCGUUGUCUAACAAGGGAACUCGCAGUUUCAUCUUCAGCACCAAUGCAGAAUGGUUAUCCACACUCUUCCUCUUCCUUCCCUCCUUCCCCCAUUCAACCCCAGGAGGAGACUUGAAGCAAAAGCUUCGGCCACGGUCGGCGACCCCGGAUCCGGCCGCAAUAAAGCUAACCUUUCUGCCAGGCGCCAAGAACGAGUCUUUAUUCCGAACUACUGUGAUGGAAAUGGCAGGGCCUUCCCCAUCAGUGAUUUUUUCAGACAUCCAACCGGCAUGGAGGCCCUCCUCAACACCAGAGCUUUGCAAAGAUUUGAGCUAUUGGACGCCAAUACAUUUAGGUGCACUUUGUACAAAAUUCAGUUUUUGAAGUUUGAAGUUUCCCCUGUAAUAGACCUUCAGGUGACUCCAACUGAUAAAGAUUGCACAGUUGAAAUGUUGUCUUGCAGGUUUGAGGGUUCAAACGCAAUAGAAAAACAAAACCAACUAUUCUCAGCAUUUAUGAGAAAUCAUAUAACUUGGGAGGCUGAUAAUUCAGAGCCAUGCUUGGUUGUGGAUGUGAAUUUGAGAAUUGCACUUGACGUUUAUACAAAACCAUUCAGCUUACUUCCCUUGUCAGCUGUGGAAAAACCUGGAAAUUUGGUUAUGCAAGGUCUUCUCGACAGGCUUGUUCCUCUGCUUGCUGAGAAGUUACACAGCGACUAUUGUGCUUGGGUUGAACAACAAAUGAACAGUCAACUAUAAAAGCUUGGAUUGUAUGUUAUAUAUAUAUAUAUAUAUAUAUAUAUAUAUAUAUAUAUAUAUAUAUAUAUAUAUAUAUUACUUUUGUAGUAAAAAUCCUCACAGGAGAUAAAUUACGGGGGUAGUUUAUAGUGGAUCGUCAAAUGAUUAGAGGUUGUGAGAAGUUUUUCCCAGGGUAUGCAUCUAUUGGGAAAUGAUUUCUACCCUAUUAUAAUAAUCUGUCAUUAUUGAGCACCCUUGUAGAGACUUUUUUUUUUUGACUUCAUCUAUCAGGUGAUUUUAGUACGACGGCGAUGGUAAGCAUUUGUUAUUCUCAAACCUGGCGAAUGUUUGUAGUUGAAAAACGCAAGGGUGACAUUUCGCAAGUGCUGAGGGGGAAAAAUUGUCCUCAGUUCCACUUCCCGCUGCAAAAUAAGAAAGUGUAUAUGAUUUUUUGUUUUUAGAAAAAAUGAUUUUGGGUUGGCAAGUGCCA